GGGGACCUAUUAACAGUGACGGUCAGACACGGCUCUACGUCCAGUUCCAUUUGUGAGGCAUUUCCCCUAAUUAAUACUCACGCAUACACUGUGUUUCUAUUUGCAUUUCUAGUGGAUUCUAUUUCAUAUAUACUUCCGCGUCUCCCCAGCAAACCCGUGCCACCAUGACUGCUCAGCCGAGGCACUUGUUCUCGCUUCGCCUUGUACUGCUCCUACUGGUCUUCUGUUCCACAGCCUUCAGCACGUGUCCCGAAGCAGACCAGAUCCACUGUUUCACCAACUCGCGCUGCACGAGGAUCAGAUACAUUUGCGACGGCGACAACGACUGCGGCGACAAUUCCGACGAAGAGAGCGAACUUUGCCGACACUGGAGGAACAAUGACUGCGAGCGGAACAACGCCAUGUGCCACCGCAACGGGCGCUCCGACUGCAUCACCCUCUCUCACUACUGCAAGAUCACCAACCCGCCCUGCAAUGGGACCGUCGACCUCCGCAUCUGCCAGAUGUUGGAAGAUGAGAAACUGAUGCCGCUCUCCGCCGUAUCUAUGCCCACCACGCCCACCUCGACCACAGUUGAAAAGCCUGUCGAGAGCGCUUCGUCCCGGGCUCGCUCUAAGCGAGAGUGGGUGUUUGCAGAGGCAAUGCCGACGGAAGCGACCGCGCAGGUGGAGGAGGAGGACGUCGUCAGGGAGAUCGAUGCCAAACUUAACUUCACUCUCCGCCACGCUGACUGUCCGCAACUCUUCACACGCGUCGGCGAGCAGUGCGUCUCCAUCUUCUUCAUCGGGAACGUUAACUGGCUGGAGGCAAGAGCUUUCUGCAAGGCCAUCGGCAGCGACCUUUUUACGCUCUCAAAAGACGGAAAGAAUUUCGCUACAAUUUUGCAGCACCUUCGACUCUCCCAGGUGACAACUGAUUUCUGGAUUGGAGGACGUUUUGUCAACGAGACGGUCGGGUGGUCGUGGGUCAACGAUGAACCGAUGGUUCUCGGCUCACCUUACUGGGCUGUCAGACACUCGGAGAGCUGCCAGACUCGCACCUUCACCUCACCCAUCCUCAACCAGACCCUACAGGCCAACAAUGGUGAGUGCUACAACUACGUGCAGGCUCCCCGACAACCUCCCACUGCCACCUGCGCGGCCCUCACCUUUUCCCAAUACUUUUACGUUAGCGACGAGCCCUGCUUAACCAAGAAGAGUCCCUUGUGUGUCCUUCCUUCCCAAGGACCCAAGGAGGCGUUGUAGAUACACCAAUGCGUUUCACAGACGCCUAGAAGAGAAAAUUGUUCAAGACUCAUCUGUAGUUGUACCCUUGUUAUGUGCAGAUCUUCACUCAACCUCCACUUCCAUAUAUUCUAUAUUACCCUCAUUUCCACCUCUUUUCCAUCCACGCAAUUUCCGAGGUCAUUCGGAUGACUCCUCCUUGUGGUUAAUAUUACUGUCGUUUACCUAUCUUUGUUUUUGUUCUUCAACUUUAUCUUGAGCAUAUUCUCACAGAUCCUUUCAUAUACUUGUUUAGGGCAUUUCUUGCAGUACGUCUGAAUUAUAAAUAGUAACAUUUGCAUUCAUAUGGCAGGUAGAUCUGGCACCAUCAUCCUGGUAUUAUGUCAAUUAUAUCAAUAAAGAUGAAAAUAUUCUUU